GCAUGGCCGUCUUCUACUCCCUUAAACGACACCAUAAUACCCUCACAAGUACCACAGAGAAGCUCCACCCCCGAGGGAGAAGGCGGAAAUAAUGGCUACCAUUGGCACCACAGCACCAACCUCAACCUUCGUCCGCACCGCCGUUCCCAGGCGGCCGACCGCCGUCUCCUCGCCAGCGAUCGGUUUGCCUCGGCUGGGAGGCAGGGGCGGGAGGGUGAAGUGCUCGACGGAGGCGAAGCCGUCGGCCGGAGCGGGGGCGUCGAUGCUUGCGGCGGCGAGCGUGAUGGCGGUUUCGAACCCGGUCCUGGCGCUGGUGGACGACAGGAUGAGCACGGAGGGGACGGGGCUGAGCUUGGGGAUCAGCAACAACCUGCUGGGAUGGAUAUUAGUGGGUGUGUUUGCCCUCAUCUGGGCUCUCUUCUUUGUGUACACUUCCACCCUGGAGGAAGAUGAUGACUCUGCACUCUCCCUUUAAGCUCUCACGUAUAUAUAGGCUUUGCCAUGGAAAUCAUUGGAAGCAUGCAUGCUCGGUUGAGGACCGGUGUAUGAUCUGAAUGCUUGUAUGGAAACACUUCAUGCUGUUCCCUAAUUUGAAGUUCUAUUAAUCGUA